AUGGCGGGAAAUUCUGGAGCUGACUUCAACUGCCUGGAGUUCUUCAAGGAAGAAAUCAGAAAUGAGAACGCCACCAUCAAAAUCGGUGCCGUGAACCAGUUGCAUCUCAUCGCUUCGGCGCUUGGUCCUCAGAGGACAGUAAGUGAGCUCAUCCCGUACGUUGUGCAGGUCGUUCAGGAGGAGCCCCUGUGCAACGAUGAUGAGUUCCUAUACUCCAUGGCAAGGCAGUAUGCAGUUCUCUCUGACUACAUCAACGGAAAUGACGAAAUGCUCAUCGCACCUUUGGAACAUCUGGCUGCACAAGAGGAGACAGUGAUCCGCGACCAGGCAAUUCAAUCCCUUUGCAAGGUCAUUGAGAAGAGGCCGGCUCUGGCCCCCGACUACCUAGUGCCAACUUUGCAUCGCUUGGCCACGAAGACCGAUUUCUUCACGGCGCGUGUGUCUGCCUGUGCCCUGUUGCCCUUGGCCUAUCGUCAUGUGAAGGAAGAUCAAAAGGGAGGCCUUCGCAAGGCCUUCACAAUGCUCUGUGCGGAUGAAACGCCCAUGGUGCGUCGUGCGGCAGCGCAUAAGAUGCGAGACUUUGUGUCCGUGUGUGCCAAACAGGACCUUCUCACAGACCUCAUUGGCGUCUACAAACAGUUGUCGCAGGAAGACACACAGGACACGAUCCGAGUGGCUUGCGUCCACGCGACCUUAGUCAUCGCCAAGAUGUUAAAUGCCGACGAGAAUCGCCAGCACACCGUGACCGUGAUCAAGGAGGCUGCAGAAGAUCGAUCCUGGCGUGUAAGGCUGACGGUGGCAAAAAACUUUGAUCAACUGUGUCAAGCCUUUGGCCCGGAGCUCACGGCUCAAAAGUUGAUGCAACCAUUUAUUCAGUUGAUGAAGGACAAUGAGCAGGAGGUGAGGAAGGAAGCAGUGCGUGUUAUUGAGGCAUGCCUGAACUUGCCGGAACCACUGACCAGCGAGCAACUUCAGCAGCACAUUUUGCCACAGUUCCAGCAAUUGGGCCUCGACUCUGCGCAGUCGGUGCGAGCUGCCUUGGCGCAGGUCUUAGGUCCCGUGGCCAAAGCCUUGGGUCGCGACGUGACUCAACGGCAGCUUCUGAGCCUCAUCUCGGAUCUCAUGAAGGACGAGUUCCACGAUGUGCGGCUGAACAUCGUGUCCCAUGCGGGUCUCAUUUGUGAAGUUUUGAGCGUGGAUGGCCUGGUCCAUUCGCUGCUGCACACCGUGCAGAAUCUCAUCAUGGAUAACCACUGGCGAAUCCGCCAGAGUGUCGUGGAGCAAGUACCCAAGCUGUCCCGGCUCUUUGGGAUGGAGAUGUUCCAGUCCAAGCUGGAGAGCAUCUUCCUCUCGAGCCUUCGAGACUCUGUGCACUCAGUGCGACAGGCUGCGAUUCAGCACUUGAAGGACAUUGCUGAAACCUUUGGCUCACAAUGGACCGUGGAGCAUCUCUUGCCCAAGUUGGUGGAACAGUACUCGGGCAGCGUUGGCUAUGCCAACCGCGUGACAACGCUGCACGUCCUGCCACAAGUUUCCUUUGUGAUGACGCCGGAACAGCUGGUUCAAUACAUCGUGCCUUUGCUGGUAAAGGCCACCAAGGAUAGCGUGCCCAACGUGCGCUUUUGCGCCUGCCGGACGAUUAUGUGGAUGAUGGAGCAUCAUAGCCUGGGCACACAGAACAUCAACACGAUCAUCAAACCGUGUUUGUCAGAGUUGGAGCAUGAUCCGGACAUCGAUGUCCAGUACUACGCACAAAGAGCCUUGUUGAGAGGCCUGCGAGCUGACGGUCCUCAGGUCUUCUGUGAGCAGGUGGCACCAGGCGGAUGGGAUCUUACUGUGGAUUUCACCGAUAUUGUCUUCAGCGUGGUACGCAGCUGGCAUCGCGCGUUUUUGGCCACCACCGAUGUGGCUUUCAUCCGUUCUGAGAUCAACGGACGCCGAAGCCGCCGUAUCGUACUCUUUGCGUUUUUCUGCGCAGAUGCCGUAGGAGGCGGUCUAUGGGCCUUCUGGUGUGAAAAUGGCGCUCCUGGGAGACCUACCGUGCCACAGGAAGCGCAGGAUACUGAGCAUGCCCAAGCCUGUCGCUCCUUUGGGGUGAACCACUAUCUCCUCUGGGGCACAGGCAUUCCCCUCGAGGGCCUUGUGUUGUUUCUGGCUGGACGGGAUCCCUGGUCCUUCUGGUCGGAUGCCUGGCUGUUACCUGUGUGGAUGGUGAGGCUGGGCUUGCUGGACGUGUUGCUUUGGAAUGUACCCCCACAAAUCCUGGUGGGCGACGCUCUUUGGUUUUCAGUGAUCGCAGUGAUGUGCCGUGUGCACUCCUUGGUACUGUGGAUCUUAGUUGCCUUCGAAGUGGCUUCGUUGAUGCUGGCAUUGGGUGAAGGCGGUUUGGUGGACAUCUUUGCCUUUGACCAUGUCCGGUAUGGCAUGUACAGCGUGGCUAUGCUGAUCAUCAUGGCAGGGGCCUACUUCUUGGAUGAACAAACUCGGCUGCAAUCCUUCGGCCAGGUGAUGUCUUUGCAGGAUCAAAAUGCGGCUUUGGCCGAGAUGAUGUUGCGCUGGAAGGUCCUACCCGAUGAGCAGAACUCCUCGCUGGGGGAUGGCCAGGAGGAUGCCUCUGUGGGAUCCAUCGGCAGCUCAAGUAGUGCCCUUCGUCACGGCGCAGCCUGGAAUCCUAGAGGCCGCCCCGGCCGCGUGCGUUUCUCGCUGCCCGCCGCUGCCGGUAAGGCGCCGGCCGCAGCGCUGCCCACGCGGCGCCCCAGGGAGGCCCUGGGAGGUCAUCAAACUGCCAGGAAUCUCAUGGAUGUCAUGGAGUGA